GCAUCUACAAAAUUGUUAGGCAUUAGUCUUAUGCACCCAUCUGGGCUAUAAAUAGGACCGCGAUUGAACCUGUUUGCUCCACCACUGCUUGCUAUAGCAAGUACACCAGACAACAACAUACACCAUGGAUCUACUUCUGCCACUCAUCUCCCUUCUUUUGGUCACUGGGGGAGGGGGAGGCUGGCUUGUGAGUUUAGCCGAUGCGGCCACGGCAAACGCAGAGGAGAUACCGAAGGCGUACUGGGAGGCGGUCCUUCCUGGAAUCCCAAUGCCUCCAGCUAUCAUCAACCUGCUGUUAGCCCAGCAAAAAGUGCGCACCUCUCUUGACGACGUUACUAUCAAUCCCAAUAACCUCAAAUUUCUCAAAGGAGCACGAAAAAUUGGAUCAAACUAUGAGAAACACAAGUCAGAACCCGAUCACGAGGAUAAACAUGUUCAUAUUUCAUCACAAGUUGAAGAUAGCUUAAAAGAAAUUUCCAUGUCACAUGGGUCCCAAGGCAAAGAAGAUAUAGAGAAGAGCACAAGUGUACAUAAGUCAAGAGUCCAUGGAGAUUUGAAAGGACCGUCAAUGUUACAUGGGUCACAAAUUGAAGAAGAAGUAGGCAAAGUCUUUGCAACACAUAGAGCAAACAUGGAAGAAAAUCUGAAGGAAAUCUCAGUGUCAUACGGGUUAGAAGGCAAAAAGGACUCAAACAAAGUUUUAUCAAAUUUAAAUAAGAUCUUUGCAGCAUAUAGACCAUGGAAACAAGAAAAUCUAAAGGAAAUAUCUGUAUCAUAUGGAUCAAAAGGUGGAAAGGAUAAAACAGAAGUCUCAAGGGCAUAUAGGUUAGAAGGUGAAAAGGAGUUGAAAGAAAUAUCUUUGUCUUAUGGGGUAGAAGGCGAUGAUGUUUUAAAGGAAAUCUCUGUGUCAUAUGGAGCAGAAGGAAGGAAGAGUCUAAAGGAAGGAUCGGUUUCAUCUGAGACAAAACAAGAAGGAAAGCUGAGGGAAAUCUCUGUAUCAUAUGGGUUGGAUGAAGGAAAAGAUGAAGAUAAUAAGUUUUUGGACAAAGAUGAAGAAGAUCCACAUAAAGCUACAAUGUCAUAUGGUUCUGAACAUGAAGAUGGUCCACACAAAGCUACAAUGUCAUAUGGAUCGGAACAAGAAGAGGAUCCACACAAGGCUACAAUGUCAUAUGGAUCGGAACAAGAAGAGGAUCCAUAUAAAGCUACAAUGUCAUACGGGUCAGAACAUGAAGAUGAUCCACAUAAAGUCACCAUGUCAUAUGUGCCACGACAUGAAAAGGAUCUAAAGACAUUUUCAACAAGACAUGCAACACUAAAAGUAAAAGGAGAGGGGAGUCACCAUGCUCACUCACACAAUCACGGGAACAAAAAACAGGCAGACGUUUUCUUCUUCCACGACAUGUUGCGGCCCGGUUAUGUGAUAACUCCAACUAUCCCACCGACAACCUCCUUGCCGGCGCUUCUUCCCCGCGGUGUCGCUGAAUCCAUCCCGUUCUCCAUGGAACGUAUCUCCGACAUCACGGCGAUAUUUGCACCGGCGUCGCUCGCGAUGGCUAGAGAGAUACGAUGGACGUUGGAUACAUGCGACCACCCGCGGACGCUUUCCGGCCAAAAAGCAGGUUGCGCCACCUCCCUCGAGUCCCUCGCCGACCUUGCAGCGUCCCUCCAUGGGACGCACAACGUCCAUGCGUUCUCCGCGGCCAAUCUGCCCAUCGAUGCUGCGGCAACGCCGGCGCUGCGAGGGAUGUACAACGUGACGGCCAUGCGGAAGCUCUCCGAGUCGUUGGAGAUCGUGACCUGCCAUGAUCUGACAUACCCAUACGCGGUGUACUAUUGCCACACCGCCAACCCUACCGCCGCAUACUCGGUGACCCUCGCGAGCAUGGAUGGCGUCGCGGCGCCGGCAGUGAUGGAGGCUCUGGCCGUGUGUCACCUUGAUACGUCGCAGUGGAGCCCGAAGAACCCGUUCUUUGAGCUGCAUAACCUCAAGCCUGGGGACGUGUCAGUGUGCCACUUCCUCACUAAGCUCAGCAUCAUCUGGGUGCGUGGCGGCGAGCAGGGAGAUGUGCAUGUGGCGACCCGUUAGAAGAGGACUCAUGUGCACCUAUGUGGUCUGUUUUGUGUGAGCCGUGACACGUACAUCGCUACCAUUGUAUGGGUGGAUCUUGGUAAAGUGCAUGAAAGUGCAUGAUGGUGUUAUGAAAUAAAUGGUGUGUGGAAGUUGUCGUAUGAAUUUCAUAAUAUGUGAGUAAAAUGUGUGUGGCGUGUCGCAGUUGUUGACUUGUUGUGAUCUAUUUAUGUCCUAUAUUGUGUCUACUAGCAAA